AUGAUUGCACCAGUAGACACCCCACAAGCCUGGAAGGCCAAAGAUGUUGAACAGAACUCAUCUUGGAUCCAGCGCCUUACGCCCGAGGAAGCGCAAGGAUUCAAUCAGGCCCUAGACCAUGCCAAAACGACGGGCAAGGACCUGCUGGACAUGGAGCAGUCAGACUUUCCACUCCCAGAUGCGUCUCGAGCAGCAAUAGAAAGGGCUAUCGAUGCCACCCAGGGACGAUGGGGUAUGGUCCUAGUGAAAGGUUUUCCGACAGAUGAUUGGAGUGAGGCAGACAUGCGGAUUGCGUACUGGGGAAUGAGCCUAUACAUGGGCGUUGGACGAGCGCAAAACAAGGCCAGUGAGAUCAUCAAUAACGUUCGCGACACAGGAGGCAGCUACUACGUGAAGGGUGGGCGAGGAUACAAUACCAAUGUCCAGCUUGAUUUCCACCAGGACUACUCAGACGUUGUCGCACUUCUAUGCCGCCGUACAGCAAAAUCCGGCGGAACAUCCAAGGUAGUGUCCUCGAUUGCAAUGCGCGAAGCAAUGCAGGAGAAGCAUCCUGAGCUCGUGCCUGUUCUCUCGGAUAACAACUUCUUCCACAGCUUUCAGGGUGCUCAGGAUCCGUCACAGCCAGCAUACUACCGCUGUCCGAUCUUUGGUGAUGUCACCUCGUAUCCCGUGCAUCGUACAAACCGCAAAGAUACAACAGCCGCGCAGAGAGACUUUCCAGAGGUGCCGAGAAUGACGGAGGAGCAGACCAGGGCCAUGGAUAUUCUCGACAGGUUGAUGCCUUCAGACGAGUACUGCUAUUCGAUGGAGCUAGAGCGAGGUGAUCUUCAAUUGCUGAACAACUUCGUCAUAUGGCAUUCGCGGACGUCCUUUGAAGACUUCGAGGAACCAGACCAGAAACGUCAUUUGAUGCGGUUGUGGAUGGCGACGCCCAACAGUCCAGAGUUACCUAAGGAGUUCUCCGAGUUCUAUGGGGAUACCCGAGCCGGCGCAGUGCGAGGCGGCUUGAGAGGGGGAUUCAUCUCGCAGCAAUUUACCGAUUAUGAGAAAAGGCAGGCAGAAAAGAUGGGCAUGCCAUACGAGCCUUUCAAGGUGAUGGUAAGCCAGGAGGAGAUGGCAGAUAUCGUAGCAAAAGGCUGA